AUGGCUGAAAACAACGCAAUUCAGAAUCCUCCAAGGACCUUGGGAGAUUAUAUGACUCCAUCCAGAGUUCCACAGACGGAGAGCAUUGUUAGACCAACCGUGGAUGCUAACAACUUCAAGCUUAAGCCAGCACUGCUGCAAUUAAUCCAAAAAGAUCAGUUCGCUGGAGGAAGCACUGAGGACUCCUACAGUCAUCUUGAUGAUUUUCUUCUUUACUGUGACACAUUAAAGAUGAACGGAGUCUCUCGCGACGCAAUCCUGCUCAGACUAUUUCCAUGUUCACUGAAGAAUGACGCAAGAGCUUGGUUGCAGUCUCAACCCGAAGGAAGCAUAACCAGUUGGGAUGACCUAGCACGAAAAUUCUUGGCCAGAUUUUUCUUAGCCUCGAAAAUGGCAAGGCUCAAAUUAGAAAUCACUGCUUUUGAACAAAAAGAAAUUGAAUCUCUGUACGAGGCUUGGGAACGAUUUAAAGGAUUACUCAAGAAGUGUCCUCAACAUGGAAUUGAAGCAUGGGAGAAAGCAAGAAUCGUUUUCCAAGGGAUGACGCCCAACAUAAGAACACUGGUAAAUGCUGCUGCAGGAGGCUCCUUGAAAACAAAAACUCCAGAGGAAGCGCUAGAAUUGUUGGAAUCCUUAGCUUCUCAAGAAUUUGACAAUGCCCCAGUCACACAAAGAAUAACAGGAAUUAUGAAGCUUGACGGCUAUGAUGCAAUCUUGGCUCAGAAUGAACAAGUACUGCAAAUGAAUAAGAAACAACAAGAACAAUUAGAUGCUCUUACAAAGCAAUUUAAUAUAUCUCAAAUUUCUUCUAUUAGUAAUUCUCAAGUUAAAUGUGGUAUUUGUGCAGAGGCUUAUGCAACUGACGACUGUUACUACAUGAGAACAACUGAAAAGCCACCAGCAGAGGCCAAUGGAAUCUGGUACGAUCAAAAGAAUCAGAAUAAUCCAGGAAGAAACCAAUAUGGUAAUCAAGGGUGGAAAAUUUCUAACCAACACCCUGUGUUUAGUUACAAAUCAACCCAUCAGUUGAACCCUCAUAUGCCAUUGCAACAACAACCUCCACCUCAAGGCACCACUUCAAAAUGGGAAAAAGCUUUUACGCAGCUGUCCAAGACCACAUCAGACUACAUUCAGAAUGCAGAUGCCUUCAGAGAUGAAACAAGAGCCUCAUUCCGGAAUCAAGAAGCUUCUAUCCGGAAUCUAGAAACUCAGAUUGGCCAGCUGAUCGUGAUCCAACCUGUGAUAAAGCCGCAAGUUGAAAAGAAGAAAGACGUUGAACCUGAAGCCGAAAAAGAAAAAGAAGAAGAUGUAGGAGAAGCUGAAAAGAGCAGUUCAGAAAAGAAGCUGUUCAAAUGGGAGAAAAAGAAAGCUCUGGAUAGGAAAUCAAAGCUGACAAAUCCAUCUCCCUAUGCACGAGUUCCAUACCCUCAGCGGUUGAAACAAGAGAUCCAGAAACAACAAUACACCAAAUUUCUGGAUAUAUUCAAGAAGCUGCAAGUGAACAUUCCUUUCACAGAAGCCCUGGAAAGCAUGCCCAAUUACGCAAAAUUCAUGAAAGACCUUUUGUCAAAGAAGCACAAGUUGAAGGAGUGA